GCGGCCGGGCAGGGCUGCCCACCUCCAAGGCGUGCUGCUGGGCGGUCGGCCGGGAUGCUAGUGGACCGUGGGCUUGCGCGACAUCGAGGGGUCGCGGCGGCAGGAGCGGCGGCAGGAGCGGCGGGGACGUCAGGGUGCAGCGACAUCGACUCAUCAUCGAGGGGACGCUACAUCGAUAGUGCGGCACAGUCAGACGACAUCCAAGAUCGAGGCCAUGACUUGUUGGAUCCUGGUGGGGGGGUGAUGACGGGGGGUGUAGGGAGCAGCGGUGCGGGGGGGUCUGGGGGUGCCAAGUUCAACCCGCUGUCUGAGAACGAGAUGGCGAAGUUGAGGCGAGGGAACAUUGUUUGGAACUUCGUCACCGCGGGCCAGUACGGGGGGUCGUCGAAGGCCGCGCGUCAUUUCACGCAGUCGAAGUUCUGCAAAGCUGGCGGAAUGAGAGUUCUCGCGGAACUCUGGAACAACACGGACUACACAUUUGUGUCGUCCACUGCUCAGCGGGUGCAGAGGUGGAUGGCAGACGAGGGCAUACGGGACAUGAGAGCCCCUGCGGGUGGCCAGAGACAGCGGAUGGACGACGUAGAGAGGGACGACAUUCAGGACGCCCUCGAUGAGGAGGAGGGCCGCGAGGGUGGGGCCAGGGAGGGGGCGGUUGCAGACGAGGCAGACGAGGCAGUCGGAGAGCCUAACCUGCCAGGGGAGGAGGUGGUGAUGACGUCGAGAGGCGUCGGUCGAGCGGGUCCUGCUACUAGGGCGCCACGACCUAAGGUGGAGCGCGCGAGGAGGGAGAAGAGGGCAGUGGGGCAGGCUGGCGUCGAGGUGCCAGACACGGGCAGGGAGAAGAGGGCUCGACAGACCACGAUUGACGAGAUGUACGCCAGAGAGAAGUUGGCCGAGUUCACGGACGCGGUUACAGCGGGCGCCAGUAUCCCUUCGCAGAGGGCGAAGGUGGCGACGAUGGUGAGCGAGGUGCGCACCAUUUUCCGGCACAGCGGUGCCACUAUCCUUUUCGACGGGAGGAAGUCGCGCAGCGGCAAGCCGCUCGUGAACUUCCUCGUCGGGGGCGCCAAUGGCGCCCUGCUGUACGCCACCGUCGCACGUGACGGGCCGGUCCGAGACACAGUGGAUGUCGUGUACCGUAGGUGGCGGGCCAUCAUCUUGUCCUUUCCUGCAAAGGACGUGAUCGGCUUCUGCACAAACUCCGCCAAUAACUAUACGGCGGCAGCGCGCAGGUUCGCCACAGACCCCGAGCCCGACAUCAGGAGGUUCACUUGGCACCCCUGCUCCACCCAUGUCUGCAACUUGAUGUUGUCAGAUAUCGGGACGCGAGUGGUGUGGGUCAAGGACACCAUCAUCCGCGCUCGAGCGCUUGUGCAAUUUAUUAAAUCGCACGGUGGGGGUCGUGACGACAUGGAUUCAUUCACAUCAGUUAUCACUGGUGAUGUGCCGUCGACCGCGCAGGCGAGUGGCAGCAGCAGAGCCGGCGGUGGUCGUGGAGGACGUUCGCAUGCGGAGGUUCGCGUGGACGACUCGGGGGAGCAGCAGCCACGGGGAGGUCUUCGGCAGACAGGCAGGCGUUGGGAGGUUAGGAGUGACAGCGAGGCUGAGGGGGAGGCCGAGGAUGAGGAGGUGCCCCUUCGCGAUCGUCGCUUCUCUCCCUCCCAUCAUCCGAUCUCUGCACAGCCCGAGGCACUUAGGCGUUCGGAGAGGUUGGCGUCGGCAGCAGGCAGAGACCGGACACAUGACGGCGAGGAUCGUGGGGGGGAGAGGACUCCUUCCGACGCCGGUAUCCGCCCCCGCUCGCCGUCGGUGCUCCGCACACAGGACUUCGACGUCGUAGGGCUUGGCGGGAGCUUGGGAGAUUUCAGUAAGAGGGAUGCCCGUUUGGACCGAGAGGAGGAGGAGCGGCUGAGGAGUUUGCCACAGUGGGAGAGUCGGUUCGCGUAUCUCGACGAGCAGCAUCGGCAGAGGGACUUGGAGACAGGAGGGGGAGGGAGCCGUAACGUAGACGACUCGGGUGUCCCUGAGGAGGAGGUUCAGGGGGAGUUCGAUUAUGAGGGGCAGGAUGUCACCGCGGGUGGUGGGUCAGGUGGUGGACGACGCGGCGACGAGGAGACCGCGGGUGUCCCUGAGGGGCAGGAUGUUGUCAUGGGCGGUGGGUCCCCUAGUGGGGGCCGUGGCGACAGCGAGACUGCGGGUGAUGAGGGACAGGGUGCCGCAAUGUGUGGCAGAGGAGAGGGUGGACCCGGUGGAGAUGGGGAUACUGUCGGUGGAGACGAUGGACCAGACGGCGACGAUGACGACGACCACGGUCCCGAGGACGAUCCGUAUAGGCUCGCCUCGGUGUUGAGGGACCCCACAGUGCCUCCCUUGCGCCCUGAGGACAAAGCGCACACUUUCUUCGACGUCGACGCUUUGGCGCAAGCGUUGACGGAUGACCGUUUCGCACACGUGAGCCGCAAGAGCGGCAAGCACCGGGCCCCUGGGAGGGUAUAUUCACCGCCGCCGUUCACAGUGCAGAGCCCUCACUGGUCGGGUUCGUCGCUCAGCGGCGUGAGAGGGAGGGACUCCGGUGCGGGUGAGGUGGGGUCCGACGGUUGCAGCGACAACGGUAGAGAUAGUGCAGGAUCGAUGCCUCCACCGCCCGCAUGGACUCCGGAGGCCAGGGUCGACACCGGGGACGGGACGGCGGCACCUGGAGUUGCGCACAGUGGCGGUUCCCUGCCGACAGUCCGAGGUGGUGUGGGUGGCGAAUGGUCAGCUGUUCGUCGGGUCGGGGACCGAUUGCGGGCGGAUUACGAUGCCGGGAGGUGCGUCUUCACGGGACGUACGACUGUUCAGACGCAGGCUGCGGAGGGUGGGUCUGGACGUCCGAGACUGCAGAUGGCAGGUCGCAUGCUUGGUUUGUCACGAAUGGAGACGAGGAGAUCAUUCGUCCUCGAGGCCGCAGGGACAUCUACAGAAGGCUGCGGGGAGAGCAGUUCACAUCGGGCGAGGAGGGGUUGUUGAUGCGUCCCGGGACGAGACGACAGCAUGGCCUCUCGAAGGUUGAGGCUCGACUCG